AUGAAGUUUCUGCAGCCCAUUCUGAUCGCAGUGGUGACUUUUGCCGUCACGUCCGUGGACGCCUUCACUGUCGGCUCGGCAACCGGUUUUGCUGCCGGAACGACAGGUGGGGGUAACGCGGCCCCAGUGUAUCCCACAACGAACAGCCAACUCGCGGCGUAUUUGAAGGAUGCCGUCCCCCGCGUGAUCGUCCUGUCCAAGACAUUCGACUUCCGAGGCACCGAGGGCACCACCACGACGAACGGAUGUCGUCCGGACUACACGCGCGCCUGUAUUGCGAAGAAGAACGGCUACAAGAGCCAAGAUGUGAUCCUAUCGAGUGGCGGUAUGGCCGGCACAGGUGGCUGUUCAGGCGGCACCAGCGUGAAGAUCACGUACGAUAACGCCGCGCAGAACCGGCUUGUCGUCACUGAUAACAAGACCAUCCGUGGCAUCGGCACGAGUGGCGUGAUCAUGGGCAAAGGUCUCUGGCUUAACGGCAACAACAUCAUCGUCCAGAACAUCCACAUCACCGAGCUAAACCGGCACCUGGUUUGGGGUGGAGACGCCAUCUACAUGCAAGGCAGCAACGGUAAGGCGAUGAGCAAGAUUUGGCUCGACCACAUCAAGAUCUCGCGCAUCGGUCGCCAGUUCAUCGUCGCUAACAACGCCGGUGUUUCUUCCCUAACGAUCAGUAACUCGGACUUUGACGGUCGCACGGAUUACUCAGCCUCAUGCGACGGCCGUCACUACUGGACGUUCCUGCUGUACGGCAAGGAUACGAAGGUUAGUAUGGUUAACAACUACGUCCACUCGACGUCGGGCCGUUCGCCUAAGGUUGGUGGCUCGAGCGAUUCUAACGCUAUCGUACACGUCGCCAACAACUACUGGGCGGACAAUUCGGGACAUUCAUUUGAGCUAGGGCAGAACGGAUUUGUCCUCGCUGAAGGCAACUAUUAUCAGGACACGGUGGCACCUCUGUCCGCUGGUAAUGAAGGAGCCAUCUACGCUGCCACUGCCUCUACCGAGUGCAAAAACUACCUGGGCCGCUCCGCUGUCCAAGGAAACUCAGCCGUCUCGAAGUUCACUCCUCGUGCAGCGAAGAAGCUGGUCAAGACGACCAAGAACUUCGGCAUUGGUGUGCUCAACUAA